AUGACUGACAAGCUUCCUCCUAACCUCCUCGCUCUCUUUGCACCGCGUCCACCGUUGCGGUACAUCCCUCCCACUGAUCGCGCGCCUGACGAGUGCAAGAAAAGCACGAUUGGUGGUGUCGCGAGUUUUCUUGGCGAACUACAGAAUUAUGGCGAAGAAGUUCCCUACAAUGCCACUGAGAGCUGGCUGCAGCGCCGUUCGCGUUUAAAGGCGGAGAAGAAAGAACACAUGGAUCGCCAGCUUACGGAAGGUGUCGAAAAAUAUGAUCCUGCAAACGACGCGCAAGUUCGCGGAGACCCCUUUAAGACUCUCUUCGUAGCGCGUCUCAGCUACGAUGUUAAAGAGUCGGACUUGGAGCGAGAAUUCGGCCGGUUCGGUCCUAUUGAACGGAUUCGCAUCGUCAAAGAUGCCGAGAAACCGAAUCCGAAGAAGCCUCAUCGAGGAUAUGCAUUCAUUGUUUAUGAACGUGAAAAGGAUAUGAAAGCGGCAUACAAGGAGACCGACGGCAUUCGCAUAAAGGAUCGACGAGUUUUGGUUGAUGUUGAACGUGGUCGCACUGUUAAAGGCUGGAAACCUCGACGCUUUGGUGGAGGCCUCGGUGGACGUGGCUACACGAAGGCUACUCCCGCGCGCCCGCUUGGGCCAGGCGGAUUCAAUGCACCUUCUGGACCAGGCGGCUAUGGCGGUGGCUUUAGGGGUGGGUUUGGUGGCAGAGGCGGAGGCUUUCGUGGAGGCUUUCGCGAUCGCGGAUUUGGAAACCCUAGAUCAGGUGUUGGUUUCCAAGGUGGUCGUAACGGCUUUGGAGGUCAAGCUCCACCGAAUGCUCCUUCAGGCCCAGGAGGUGGCCGCGGCGGUGAUAGACGAGGAGGUGAUGGCAGGUUUGAUCGUGAUCCUAGAAGGGCAACAGGCAGUAAUCAGGAACCGGUAAGGCCACGCGAUGCAUAUGGUGACCGUGACCGCCGCGACAGGGACAGGGAUCGUGACCGGGAUCGUGACCGCCACGGCGACAGAGACGGUGACCGCCGUGACCGCGACCGCGAGCGAGACCGGGAUUGGGAUCGUGAUCGAAAUCGCUAUGGCGGAAGGGAUGAUUAUUCUCGCAAACGGCACCAUGACGACGAUGGCUAUGAAGACCCUCGGGCUAAAAGGAGGUAUUAA